GCGACAGCUGAAAGAGAUCGAAGGGAUUAAUACUGCGACAACCAAUACAAACAUACAAAUGUAUAUACAUUCAUAUGCAGACCCCAACCAAAAGCUUAAUACAAGCCUAGCCGCAUUCUUAUACAGUAGCAGGAAAUUUAGCUUGCGGAAUGACAACACACCACUUCGUCCUCAUCUGUACAGUGAAUAGCUCCUGCCGUGCUGGGGAGCUCGCCCCGGACCGAAAGCCAAUCCGUCCCCUCAUCGUCGCCACAUCCGAUGCCCGAAAACUCGGUGGAAGUCCAGGUAAUGCAGGCCGUCGGCGGCGGAAUCGCCGGAGCUGCGACGCGUACCAUAACCCAGCCGCUGGACGUGCUGAAGAUCCGAUUCCAAAUGCAAGUGGAACCGGUCACCAACCAUAAGGGGUCCAAAUACCGUGGAGUAAUCCACGCUUUUAAGUCGGUGUACGCCGAGGAGGGAAUGCGCGGCAUGUUCCGUGGCCACAACUCCGGCCAGGUUCUGAGCAUUUCGUACGCUCUGGUGCAGUUCUGGUCCUACGAACAGCUUCGCUCCAUGGCCCACCAGUUCGACUACUGGAGGGAGCGCCCCUUCCUCAUGUUUUUCAUCUGCGGCGGCAUAGCCGGAUGUCUGGGAGCCGUGGCAGCCCAGCCGUUCGACGUGGUAAGAACGCAGAUGGUGGCCGCAGAUCCCUCCUCGCGCCGCAGUCAGAUGAACACUUUUACCGGACUUCGAAAGGUCUAUAAGAUGGAAGGCUGGAUGGGUCUUUCGCGAGGAUUACCCUUCACGCUUGUGCAGGUGUUCCCGCUGGUAGGGGCAAACUUUCUCUUCUACAAGUACCUAAACGCGGCUGUCCUGAUGGCCAAGCCUCCCGACCAGCGCCAGGAAAUCCACGGCGCCUUCCUCUUCCUCAAUGGGGCGCUGUCCGGGGUGUUGGCCAAGAUGAUCGUAUACCCGGCGGACCUGCUUAAAAAGCGCAUCCAGCUGAUGGCCUUCAAACAGGAACGUAAGACCUUUGGCCGCAACCCAGAGUGCCCUACGAUCCUGGGCUGCAUCAGCACCACGUUCCGGGAGGAAGGACUCGGGGGCUUCUAUAAGGGAAUGUUGCCCACUCUGCUCAAGGCAGGACUGAUGAGUGCCGUCUACUUCUCCAUCUAUGACAUGUUUAAGCGCCACUAUAUAGCUCCAAUGAAAGAGGCGGAGAAAAAUCGGCAAAAACUGGUCAAGCAUUAGGUAAACCACAUACUGGGCG